GUUCCAACUGUUCCGUGAGAGUGGUAAUAUCAUGCAAAGUUACAUCGCAUUAUUCCAGCUCGUUCUAUUUCUCUGCUGUCAACCGCCAAUGAAUGUGACAACAGCUCAAAGCGCAUAAAAUUCAAACAACGACAAACGACAGCUGUCAGGAAAUGUAAACAACACUGGUUUGGUACCGAGCGCGCUCGUAUUUCCACAGAAAGGAAAGACUGGUUUGUGGUGUGAAAUAGAGAAGGCUUGCUAAUGUUGCCGGAACAAAGCACUCAUGCAAUGUUUUUACCAUUUGCUUGGACGGAGCGUCGCUGUAAAGACACUGAUUCAGAGAGCUUUUUUCACAGCCCUUAGUGGGGUAGAGUAUGUAUGAAGAUGCUUCAGGCCAAAUUUAACAACUAUCCCUCAACGGCAAAAUAUUUUGUGAGCGAGGUGGAACAGUAUGUGGAGGCAGUAAUUUACGCCAGCAGCGAGUACGGUCCCUCGACUAUUAUCUCGUACAACGCUAUCAACGUCAUCGGACGACCCAACAACUUUCCUGUCCAUGGCGAUCAUUGCGAUUCCUAUUUACUGCCCUCGUACGGCAACUGGAGGAUGCUUGCGCCGUCGUUCACACCAGAGUUUGGUUUGAGCAAGGUGCCUGCCGUCGACAAUCCGCCGGUGCACGAUUUCCUCGUAGUUCGCUUCGAAAAUAGCGUCUGCCCGACGGGCGUGGAAGUGUACGAAACGCUGAACCCUGGAGCAAUUUUUCGCCUCUGGGCGUAUACCGAGCACUCCCAGUGGCUUCUGCUUUGGGAUAAACGGUUCGACCGGAUGCUUGCCGACGUUCGGAACCAUAAUCGGGGCAAGACACGUAUCUUCCUGCCGGAAAUACGGCCCAUCGACCAGCGUACGAACGUCCUGCGGCUUGAGUUUUGUACGCGCGAUUUAAACUACAUUGCCGGCAUCGAUGGGAUUAUGCUGAAGAGUUUGUUGAAUGAGACGCGCGAUUUCCGACGGUGGGAAUACAUCAAAUUCGUUCGAGAGACAGUCGACGAACCAGAAUCGGAGGAGAGUGAAGAUCUUUCAAUCACCGAUUUGCCUUAUGAAAUGAUCUUUAAAAUUUGUUCAUAUCUUGACUUGAAGUCACUACGGAAUGUGGAGAAGGCAUCCGCGACGUUUAAUAGCGUUGUGAGUGACCCGCGACUAUACCGCGAGGUGAACAUGCGUCCUUACUGGAUGGACAUGGAUUCUCAUCUGCUGGCAUGGCUUAUUGGUCGGUGUGCCGAUAUACGCAAGCUCGAUCUGUCCUGGUGCGGGUUGUUUAGAAUGAUUACGGACCGAGAUCUACAUAAUUUCCUAAAGCGGCAUGGCCACUCGUUGACGCAUCUACGCCUAAAUUCGGUCGCAUUUCGCGACGGUACCAAUUUCGUGCUGUCUCUAUGCCCGAACGUAACUGAACUGUGUCUGCAAAAUAUGGAUCUUUACGACGAAGUUUGUAUGGAUUCGAAUCUAACCAAACUGACCAGACUGGACCUUUCGGGAGGAUCGAUGUUAGCCGAGGCCCUAGAAAACCUACUGAAGCUGAACCCAGCUCUGCAACAUCUGAAUCUAUCUUGCUUCAAGUACGAGCGCUUUAAAAUUGCGGACACCAUUGGCAAGUACAAUCGGGAGCUGAUUAGUCUGAACCUGUUUAAAACGCGUGCACUGAGCGCGGACGACCUUUUGCCGCUGACAAACUGUACGAAACUGCAGGAGCUUAAUCUGGGGUACGCCAACCACGAAGAGGUACAGGAAGGGGACCUUAGCCGGUUGGCGGAAGCGUGCCCUGGUUUGCGGAAGCUGGUGCUGUCCGGAUUUCGCGACGUGCACAACAAUGACCUGCUAACGAUUGCCCAGCAUUGCCCUGCGCUGGAGUAUCUGGAUCUGAUGGGCUGCAUCACGGUGACCGGUGAGUCUGUGAAUGCAAUCUUUAUCGGAUGUUCAUCAUUGCGCUUUUUGGAAAUUAAUCACUGCAACGAAAUAACGUUCAAUUGGCUCACCGAGUGGACGAUUCGGUACCCGGAUGUUGAUAUCAAGUUCAAAGAAUACUGAAUCGCGCAGUGGAGAGAUACACUUUUCAUCGCCAGAUGGAGUGGUUAGGAUAGAAACUGAACUAUCUUCAAAAUACACUUGUUGUUUCUGGGUGUUCUGUUAACAUUUUCCAUCAUAAGCAUUCUGAUUCCUAAUUUUUGUUUUCCCAUGAAAUAUGUCCGAAUCAACUCGUGCGUUUUAUUUAUCUCGCCAAGCGAGUCUGACGAUACAUCAUUGUGAAAAGAGCAGGAUACGAAAUUGAUGUUCCUUUUUUUAAAUAACAGGCGUUAGAUGUUUCUUAGGGCGAAGACUAAGAGACUUGCUGGUAGAAGAGAGAAAUGAGUUUUUUGCUGUUUGUUUUUCUGAAUAUAAAAAAAUGUUAGUCCUUAGUUAGAAAACUGAUUAAAAUUGAAUAAAACGACUAAAGUAUGUAUUGUGUAACAUUCUUAAAACAUCAAAAUGUGUAUGAACAACGAAAUACAGCAGAAAAGAAAUAAAUUAAUUCCAAAUGCCAA